AUGGUCCCAUCCGCGAACCUCACAGUUGUCCUCUUGGCUGUCUUCUGGAUCAAUUGCAUUUCGGCCAAGCCCGUGACCAGGAACAAAGAAAAUGCGCGACUGGAAGAAUUAAUCAGCUACCUGUCUGGCCUAAACCUUCCCAACAAGCAGUCCCUGUGCAAUGACAGUAUGGUGUGGAAAGUCAAUUUUGACUGGGAAAAGGCACAAAAGGAAGCUGAGAGCCAGAAGUCCUGUGAGAUUUUCAAAGCCCUUCAGAACAUUUCCGACUGUGAGACCGUCCAGGACAUCCUGAGAAUUAUGCAGCGUCCCAGCGAUGCCCACGUGCGCUGUGAAGUGAAGCAGGAGACUCAAGUCGAGCUGCAGGUGUUCCUGAAGAAGAUGCUUCCAUUCUACCAGAAAAUCUUUCGGGAAACAAAGAAGGGCCAUUCCACCAAGGCUUCUUCUCCCUAA